AUGGUUGCAAGUUCGUCGAGCAAGCACACAAGUGGCGCAUCCUCGUCCACGAGCAAGGCGAAAAAAGGGGGUGCGACAAAAGCGGGACUUGUUGGUACUGCCAAUCGAGCUUCAACGGGAGAGGCGAAUGGUGAGGCAGUGCUAAAGCAUAGCAAGCCUUUUGGUGAGGAGGACUCGGAUGACGAUGUGGACGUGGAUGUAGAUGUGCAAGAUGAGACGUUUCACACGGCAGCAUCUGUAGAGGGCGAUGAUGACGAGUUGAUGAUUGGCGAAUCUUGCACGGCGGGUGCGAGUGGCGCUUCUACAGGUACGAAUGAUGGUUCCUCGGGUUCGGUGAGGAAACCCAAGUUUGAACCGCUCUCGUCCACCGCUGCAUCUUCGCUGACCGCUGUAGCUAAGGGACAGCUGCGCAAGAUUGCGAUUCCACCCCACCGACUUACACCGCUCAAGAAUGAGUGGCACAAGAUCUACACGCCGCUGGUGGAAAUGGCGUCUCUGCAAGUGCGAAUGAAUGUAGCUAAGAAAUGUGUCGAGCUCAAGUCGUCUCGGUAUACGAGCGAACAGGGAAUGUUGCAGAAAGGAGCGGAUUUCGUCAAAGCGUUUGCUCUCGGAUUCGAGGCGGACGACGCUAUCGCGCUGCUGCGCAUGGACGAUCUGUUCAUCGACACAUUCGAGAUCAAAGACGUAAAGACACUCCAGGGCGACAAUCUUUCGCGAGCGAUUGGUCGGAUUGCAGGUAAAGACGGUCGUACACGUUUCGCCAUUGAAAACGCCAGCCGAACGCGCCUCGUGAUCGCCGACACCAAAAUUCACAUCCUCGGCAACUUUGCCAACAUCAAAAUCGCCAGAGACGCUGUCGUAGCCCUGAUCAGAGGUAGUCCCCCCGGCAAAGUCUACGCUAACCUCAAAACCAUCGGCGCAAGACAGAGACAAAGAGCCUAG